AUGGUAGCUGACGCACUGAGCCAUAGGGUUGUACCUGAUUUGAGAGCAAUGUUUGCUCGUCUUAGCUUAUUUGAUGAUGGUAGCUUGUUGGCGGAGUUACAAGUUGAGAAUAGAAAAACUUCAGAUUUUAGGUUGAAUAGUGAAGGAGUAUUGUGUCUCCAUGGGAGAGUGAAGGUUGAACAUCAAUUACCUUCGAGGUUGCUUCAACCGGUUAAAAUUCCACUUUGGAAGUGGGAAGAAGUAACUAUGGAUUUUGUGAGUGGAUUGCCCUUAACGCCUACCAAGAAGGACUCAUUUUGGAAGAAGUUACACGAGGCUUUGGGUGCAAGACUAGACUUAAGUACUGCGUUUCAUCCCCAAAUAGAUGGCGAGCGGCGAGUUCUGUGGCCAGAGUUGGUUUCUAAUACCGAAGCAAAGGUAAAACUGGUUCGAGACAGGUUGAAGGAAGCAACUGAUAGGCAGAAGUCCUAUGCGGAUCUUAAACACUGA